AUGAAUGAAGAAGAAGUUAUCCAAAACGACCAAGAGACCGCUCAGCAGACGGAAGAACCAAGGUUGAAGAGGAAGAGAUCCUCCCGAAAGAAAAGGCGGAGCAUAAAAAAGAAUCAAGAAGUGAAGACAGAAGAACCGGACAAGCAAGACACUCCUGUGGUCGAAAAAGUCGACUCGAAGAAAAUCGAGGAUGCGAUUUUCGAUCUCGACAAUCAAGACGUCGACCGAAUAGUCGGACCCUGUCCUAACUGUAUUAUUAUUUAG